GAAUCAGGGACUCUGGCUAACUGGAUGUGUUACAUUAAUUUCUUAAUAUGUGAAGGAGUGGAUCACCCCUUUAACAGCAAUGGGAAAUUAGUUUCUUUAUUUCUUCAUUAAGUCUGUGGGAGGGAAAUUAAUUUUCUACUCUGGUUUUCAAAAUUAAUUGAAUAUAUCUUUAUUAAAGUGAUAAAUAUGUACACAUACUUUUUGGUUGAAAGAAUUCUCUAAAUUAAUCCUAAACAGGCAUUUUCAAAGCAGUUUGGUAGCACAUGUGGGGUAUUUUUUGGUUCAUUUUCUGAUGUUAUAAAAACAUUGAAAAAAAAUUGGUCCUAUAAACCCAAUAUAAUAAAGUUGUCUAUAGAAAAGAGUAUCUGAAAAUAGUUUUUCUAAAGAAUUUUUGUAGUAUUACUUAAAAGAGCAUAUUGUUUAGUCUUUGGUUCUUCCUACUCUGACUGUGUUAUUUUUGUACCUAUGUUCUUGCAGCUUUUUACAUGCCCGUAAGUGUCUAUGCUUUCAUUCGUAUAAAAUGCGGGGUUUUUUGAUUGCUUUAACAGGAAACAAACGUUUUUAAAAGCAUCAUCCUCUUAGUUUGAAGAAUGAAGCAAAGCACCUUGAGGUGCCUGGAUACAUUGGUAGUCAGGAAUUCACAAAGCAUAUCAAAGUUACUUCCUAUGCACUCAAUAUUUUUAUUUCUGUAUUAUAAAUGUGUUUCAUAAGGUGUAUUUCCAUCAUUGCAUCAUUAUAUUCCUUCAUUUACAUUCUCCUAUGCAAAGUCAAUCCCCUCAAAUUGAGCUUACGCCAAUGGAAUUUUUAUUUAGCCUUCUAUUGCAUAAAUAGCACAGCAAUUUUAUCCAAAAUCUUUCUUACCGAAAAAAUAAAUCAUAAACAUUUUUCUAAAGAACUUCGACAUUUAAGUGUCAGGGUGAAAAAUCUACCAAUGACAACAGUGAUUUUUCCAUCUCCUGGUAUCUUCAGAUGAGUGCCAGGUACCUUUGCAAACAGCAUGCUUUGGCCAAGCAUAAGCUCUGGACUGAAUACAAGAAUACCACAGUGGAUCCAAGAAUUUAUAAUGUCAGGAAAGUUAGAUUUGCCAGUCCUUUACAAGUGUCAAGUCCUUCACGCACUUCUGGCCUAAGGGCUCAAAAGAGUAAGAAAAUUCAUGACAGAGCCUCCUACAACUUAAUUUUCCUCAAGUACCUCAAAUGCAUUAAAGAGAAAAUACAAUUUCUCAUCCCUCGGUCAAUGACAAUUAAAAGCCCAUGCUAUUUUAUGGGACCUCUGUCUCCAUGCACAAAUAAGUAAUCAUGUCCAAAAUUACAUUAAUAUAGACACAGGUUAUUUUAAUUUCAUAAUUUUUAGUUUUUAAACUUAACUGGCUGACUUUUCAACUUUUACCAUCUUUCACGAGUUACUGUAUUAUUCUUAAACCAGUCAUAAGACAACCGUAUUUCUGAAAUUGCACUGCAGGUACUAUAAACCCAAACUCGUACUCUAACCUCUACCGCUAAUUCCCAGGUGAAAGCCACCAAUCUCUCAAAGUUAGUUAAGACCUAUAACUGUUUGACAGUCUUGAUUACCAAAAAAACCUUGUUGUGUAAUUUAUCUUUUAAAUAAAAACCACAAAUGAAGAGGGCCAAACUACCUUUGCAAUUCUUGAAAAACAAUGUCCUUUAAGGGAAAUGUCCUGAAUAGUCACUUAGAAUUCAAAAAUUAUUUUCAACCUGAAAAUAUUAUUUAUUUUAAAGCUUAUAAUAUUUUUUCCUAGGUUCAAAAAUCCAAACACAAAAUUAUUGCCCAAGUUACACAUCAAAGAUACAAAAUGUCCUAGGUGGUGAAGGCGAUUAAUUUUUGCAGAAGUUCCUCAAGUUACCUCCUUUUUAUAUAUCUUCAUUUAUGUAAAUAGAAUUCCAAUGAUUUUUUAUAAUAAGAUUAUGCUCAUUAUUCAAAUUGUAAGAGAAGAAGAAAAAGUGGAAUACAAGUAAGCAAUUAAUCAAUGGGGGGAAAAUUAGCUGAUCUUACUAGGAAGUUAAGAGGACAUUCUUGUUUGGUUGUUCAAACAAAUAACUUAAUUAUAGACACACAAGAGCACAGGAAUUAAAUACGCAAAGUUUACAUUGAACAAAAGCAAGACUGUUUCAAAAGCAUUCACACAUCAUGAUUCAAUCUACGUGUUUAUUCCAGUCCACUGGAAUAGUUCUUCUCUUUCAAAACCGCCAACAAUUAAGUUGCGAAAUGCAACUGAGAGGAAGAAGCUGAACGAGUUCUUCCCUUGCUUAGAUAAUUUAUUGUUUGAUUAGUAGCUAGUUUAAAAAACAAAAUCUGAGUCCACAAAGCAUCUUUGUUAACAUAUUAACCUUAAUUUGCAAAGAUAAAAUAAGAUGCAGUCUUUGCCCAGAGGAACAAUCUAACAUUAAUCAUAGAGAAGUAAAAACAAACUUCAACUCCUUCUCCCCCUUAUAGAGGAACUUAAAGAAGCAGAACAAGAGGAAGUCUGCAUAGAUACUUAGUAGCAGACAAAAUCUCAACUGCCUUGAGGAAAUAAGUCAAUGGUGAAAUGAUCAAAGGAACUAUCACCAAAAAUUCUCUUCCUUAGGGAAGAAAAUCUAGGAUCUACCCCAUAAUUGAAAUAGCACAGAGUGGAGCCCCCUCCAAUAGUGUCUUCCAAUCAUUUACCAAAAUUGAAAGUCCAAUAGGCUUUUACCACUAUUACUGUUUUGAAUGCCUCAUGUGUUCAUGGAGGAGGUUGUUGAGGGCCCUGCAAUCCUCUAUGUCACGCAAAUUCCUCCUCUCUUUGGAGAGACUGCUUACCUGAAUUUUCUAUGAAUUUUCUUAGGCAGGGAGACUUUUUAGGCAGCUUGUCAGCACUGAUCUGAAUAACAUUUCCACAAAAAUCUUUGCUUCUAUAGCAAAAGUCUAUAAAUGUUUUUAGUGUCAGGUUUUAGGCAAUAGCAAAGAAUAACUGCAUCAUCAACAGAGCUGCACUGGCUUAUCCUCACACAUGUGGCUUUCUCUCAUUUGGACUAAAAACCUGAACACUCUCCAAUUGCUUCCUCAAAUUCAAUAAAAUUCACUUGGCUCAUUAUCUGGUUCUAAUCUGCUAGACUAUUUUCUAGAAACUGUAAUAAAAAUAAAAAGAAUGGCAAAUUAUGCAGGGAAAAAAUACACGUUAACAGCACUGUCUAUAAAAUCAGUAAUCAUGAAAAACAGUAAAAAUUUGAUCUAUUGUCAACCCUAACAACCAUUACAUCUGCUUAGAUAAAAGCAUCUAAAAUAAGCACCUCAUCCAAUUAAAGCUGGCUUCUACUCACCAGUGGAAAUAAAUGGAAUUUUUAAGAUUACAUGUCUAAAGAAAACUUCUUAAAAAUUCCUUUCUCACCUUAAGUCUUCAGGCAACCCUCCCACAAGCACAAAUUCCUUGUGGAUCAACCAAAUACAUACCAAACAGAAACUGACUGUAUCACAGCAACAAAUACAAAGUUUACAAAUAUAUCUCCACAGAUACCAAAAUAAAUGCCAAGCAUAACAGAAACAUCAAUAUCUAUUGCAUUUAUGCAUGUCAGAAGCCUGCAUCGCUGCCACAGCUGAGCAAAAUUAAAACUGCCAGAGGGGCCGAUCUGGUGUUACAUUAUUUCACCUAUAAUUGAACAGCUCAGUUUUGUUAGAAAAUGAUACAUUUUUGAGACACAUUUGUUUUGCAUACUUUGAUAAUGAAUUCUCUGCAAGAACACCCGGAAUUAUAAAUGAAAGCAGAACUAUAGGAGUAAACUGAAAGGCCAGAGAGCUCCCUCUAGUGUGAACAAGAAAAAGAAAUCAUUUAAGUCCAAGAUGUCAAUUGUACAGAGAAAUGUGUUACUGAGACAAAAAAAAAAUACAAUGCAAAAGAAGUAGUUAAGGAGCUAAAUAUUAACCUCGGAUCUUAGAAAGCUGAGAUGAGAUUGAAACAACAAGGCUUUUGCUCUAUUAUAAGCAGACAGUACCCUAGAAUCAGAGGGCAAUUGAGGUUGGAAGGGACCUCUGCAGGUUGGUCAUCUGGUCCAAUACCCCCACCAGCAGCCAGUGGCCCAGCCCACGUCCAGAUGGGUUUUGGAUAUCUACAAGGACGGAGACUCCACAGCCUCCCUGGGCAACUUGUGCCAGUUACCCUCACAGUAAGAGCAUUUCCUUAUGUUCAGGAGGUACCUCCUGUGUCUCAGUUUGUGCCCAUUGCCCCUUGUCCUGUCACUGGGCACCCCUGAAAAAAGGCUGGCUCCAUCAGCUUUACAUCCUCCCUUCAAAUAUUUGUACACAUCCAUGAGAUUCACACACGCAUACCCUGAGACCAAAAAAUUUUGUUCUCGCUUAAGGACCUUAAGUACAAAACCCAAACAGGAUGAUUUUGUUAUUCAAAAAGAAUCUCACUGAAAUAAGACAAAACUCUAUCAAGGAAAGCCAGAAGCAGAUUUUCAUCACGGUGUUAGACAGUUUUGACAUGAUUUUUUUUACCUUGUGUAUAUUUGGGAGGACAUUGUUUUAAAAAGCUAAUUUACGCUGACAGUUUUCCACAGACCGUUUGUGGAAUCCUCACAUCAGCACAUGUCCGCACAAGCCUCCCAACACGCUCGUCCUUCCAAUGACAAAAAAAGUUUGGCCUUAUUAAACUUGCUGCAUCUAAAAAUAUUUUGAGCAACUGACAAUGCAGAAUUUUAAUCCUAUUAGAUGAGCAGCAUUCCCGAUGCCUUCAGUGGGAGCUGACAGCGCUCACCAGCUGGAGCACCAGACCUGUUACUGAAAUCAGAGUGGGUGUUUGCUUCCCCACCAGCACUGGUAACAUUUCCUUUCUCUUUCAAAAUUUGAAUACAGAGAUGAGCAUGUGUGAAAUUCAGCCCUGCAGGGCUUUUAUUGACCCUCUGUAAGCAUUUUUUAUUGAAUAACUUUCCCCUAAGGACUGACAAAACCAAACUUUCUUAGUUGGAUGUAUGGUUACUUCUGCUAUUAUAAGCGGAUACCAUUAUUUCUGAGCAGUAAAAAUCAUCUCAACAGCUUAGUGGUUAAUAACUAAAUAUUCUAAUUAGGUGCAGGCCUUUUUUCCUCGAAGAUCUUUAGGAAAAAAAAUCUCCCUCAUUCUGAAAUUUAACAACUGACAUUGAUCUACAAACCUGUCCUUAAAAUCCUGAUUAUUUUGCUAUGAAAAAACUUAUUAUUUCAUGUUUUUUCUGGUGCCAGCAGGUUUUUUAAUUAGAAAAAUCACUACAGCUCCACUGGAAGAAGUAAACAAGAAUCAUAGAAUCAAAGUGAGAGGUUAACUAAAAACACAGUGUUGUGUGUAAUCAGAAAUUUAAGCAUAUUUAAAAUAAACUUUUAAUUUCUGUUGUAGCACUAUUACAAUCAUAAUCUUGAUUCCAAUUAAAGAUUUAAUCGACAACAGUUUGUCAAACAACAUAAUAUUAUUUAUCGUCUUUUCUUAGAGCAACCAAUAUAGCUGGAAAACCAGGCAUUCAUUCCUUCAGAAAGGUCUAAGGGACACCAAGGGGUACCCAAGAAAGUAAUUGUCUUUUUCAGAUAUGACCUGGUCUAAAAUAACCCUUCUCCACAGUAUCUGCUAUGUGGAAAAGGACAACAGGGUUAUCCGAGAUUCUGAUACGGUUCACUCAUUUGAGAUGGUUGUUGCUGAAUCUGAUAACGAAGGCCCUUUGACAUUAACUGUACAAAGCCAAUCAUUAAAAUCUAAGUUAUGAAAGAUUACCUUUAGUGAAAAAGCAUUAUCUCUAAAUCAAGCUUCCUGGACAGAAAUUUAGUUAACAAACAUGAGAAUUUCAGGGGACAAAUUUAUAACAUGCAAUUUAAGACUCUUAACAUUUUAAUAUUUCCUUAUGUAAUAAUUAGCAUGAACUGCGUAGACUGCUGUCAUCUUCACACCUCCUGCCAUAAUGCUGCUUUAAACAGCAAACUUCAGUCUUUGGUUUUGGACAGCAAAAUUCACCUACGGUUCAGAAACACGGGUGGCUCCUCCCUUGGCAAUAAUGGGGUCAAUCCGCACCUGAUGGGGGGUGGCGAUAAACUCGCUGAGUCCAUCUUUGUUGUUGGACUUUGUAGUAAGGACGGCAUAAAACAAGAAAUAUUUACCACAUUAACAAAAGGAGGAACUAGAGGAGUCAUGUAUACUUGUUACAACUUUUGCUGUUACUAGUUUCUCACUCAUCUGUCUGUAAAGAUUAACAUAUAAACCUGUUACAGAGUUUUCACACAUCUGUGUACCUGUAUAUUAGCCCUCCUUGAGGAUUUCACGGACAAUCCUCAAGAUCCCAGAGAUGCACGUGAGAAUGCAGCCUGAGCUCAGAGAGGGGCACAUAGGAGAAAGUGAGAGCCUUUUCCAAGGUGAAGACCACCUUUUCCUGUUUUCUGGUGUAUAACAACUUAAGCUUUUAUUGUUAUCUCUCAGUAAUAAAUAAUGCUUAGUGUUUAUGUUUUGUGUGGUAUGGUUUUGAAGAACCUCCACUACACCCAUGCACAGAGAGAGAGAAGACACAAAUUUUCUGCCAAGAUCCACACAGGGAAAAACAUUUGAGUAACCACCAGUGAGUGUUAAAGAUCUGAGGGCCUUUCCUGCCAGAGUUCUACUGCAUUACUCUUUCACCUUCAGAGGAGGGGUGAUGUCCAGCCAAGAGGUUGGAUGGGGCUGAUCUGUUUCCCAGUCCACGCCUGGCGCCUUCUCCUCUGCUGCAGACAGGGCUGGGCACAAGGGUCACUGUUGCGAGGACAGCAGGCUCCACCUCCACUCUCCAGAUGACACACAUAAGCAUUUCUAGAACGUUUUUUCUUCUCUCUUAAUAAUGAUACGUAGUGGUGGCAUAACACAAUGGAGAUUUACCUGUUGCUUGUACAACAGAAGUUCCUCAUACGAAGUUGUUAUGACACAUAAAAAGUUUCCACACACACAUGCAGGCAUUUUACUUACGCUUAAACGCACCAGAGUUCCUGUGCACUCAUGCCCUUGCACUGUCUCUUUCAGCCAUUCUGCUGGUUGACACCAUCCUCAGAGGCAGGCAAGAACUCAGGGUGAGGGCUGGGCAGAGGCGCACAGGAGGAAGCUCUCAGGUGCUUUAUGAAGUAGUGGCAGUUUCUCCUGUUUUCCAAUGUGCAGCAAGCAAGCAUUCUCACGUCCUUAGCAUUAUCUAGAUAAUAAACAACCUAAACUGCUCUGCUCUUUUCUUACACGAUAUUGUUACCCUCACUGUGUUAUAGGCACAUACACAGUCAUACUACAAAAGUUCGUUGGUAUCUCCACCAGCUAAAAACCAUUAGAGCCACCCCCGCCUGUAAGUUACAUAUUCAUCCAGCACCUCUUAACCCUGGUAUGUUUAUGUCAUAAAGUAAAUAUUAAUAUUUAACUACGGUCAUCAAACCUCCAAACAGUUCUCCUUAUUUCACGCAUCAGAAGUUUUUGUUUUUCCCUGGGGAACAUCUGAUCAGUUCCACCAGCAUUAUCAUUCCACUCUUUCCCGCUUCCGUAUAUACAAGCACUUAAAUAAAUAACGCAAUCCAGAAUCGCUAGAGGAAACGUGCUAACACAGACACAGAUCACGCUCAGUCCCUGGGUUUCCUGGUAACAAAAUGAUUCCACUUGUGUGUCUCAAGAGUUUAUUUGACAUGUGGGUUUUAACCCAACCCAUCCCACAAUUCUUCCAACAUUUAAUGUUACCAGUACACAGUAAAAUGCACUCUCAGCCUUACCUUUUAUAAGGCUUUCUAAGUACUACUUCUUGUCCUUGCUAAACACCACACACGGUUUGGGGAAAUACUACUAAAGUAAAUGUGAAGCACUUAGGUGCUCCUCUCUUGUCCCUUGGAGGAGCCAAACCAGCCACAGAUCAAUGUGCUUGAACCCAGCUUCCACGUAGGCUGCUCCUCUCACUGGGGAGGAGAGUGAAGGAGACCCCAGAGCAGUGGAGACCAGGGAAGCACAUCUACCAGUCUCCAGCCUUAAAGCUUAAGGUUUACGUUAAGAUUUGUCUUCACUGGUUAAAAAAAAAAACAAUAAACCCACCAGAGUUUUCACUUGUGUAAACCCCAUGCUGGUCCUUUCCCCCUGUGGUUGGCUGCCCAGCUAGAAAAUCUUGGUGGAGGCAAAAUACUCCUGUUUGCUGUUAGACAAAGAAUUAGGUGUGGAUGAGCGGCCAGCGAGCAGGUGGCUGUCACGGAGACACCCCUUCUGCAGCUCCUGCUCAGCGGGUGUCCAGGGGCUUUGUAAACACCCAAACCAGGUUUGGGUGGCGAUUAACCCGGGGGUGGCGGCGGAAAGCCCUUUAACAGUUUAAAGGUUUAACAAUAAAAGGUGUUCCCAAAAGACGAAAGGACGGCUACCUCCACCUCACGGCGAUCCUGGCGAGGAGCUGAGGAGAAAGAGCAGGUUUCUGGGGUGGAACCGCCUCGGCUCCGCCCGCUGCCCCGCGGAGCCCGGGCGGGCGCGGCUGAGGCGCAGCCAAGGUACAGCCCAGGUACAGCCCUGCCACUCAGCCGCGCCCUCUCCAGGAAGCAGCGGGGCAGCAGCGGCACCAGCUGGGGCAGGCGUAGGCGUAGGUGCAGGAGCCGCCGGAGCAGCAGCAGGAGCGGCAGGCGCAGGGGCAGGAGCUGCCGGAGCAGGAGCGGCAGCAGCGGCAGGCGUAGGGGCAGGAGCUGCCGGAGCAGCAGCAGGAGCGGCAGGAGCUGCCGGAGCCCCGCGGGACGCUGCCCCGCCAGCCGGUCUCCGGGCAGAUACCACACCAUGUUUGCCGCCUUGGUCCUGCUGUGUCAACUGCAUGGGAUGGUGUUUGCGUUUCCUCACUGCACAGGGAGAUUAGAUAACUUGAAGCAACCUGAACAGAAAGAUGUGUUCACAUCAGAAAAGGAGGCCAAUUCAUUCAUUGGACGACACCUUCUGAAUAACAGAUUUGAUUUUGAAGCAUUCACAGCAGAUAACCUGGAAAGAGAAUGCCUUGAAGAGCUGUGCAGUUAUGAAGAAGCAAGAGAAGUAUUUGAAGACCCUGUUAAAACGAUGGAGUUUUGGAAAGAAUAUUCAACUAAAGGCCCUAAAAUAAAAAUAGGUGAUGAGACACUACAAAAGAUUAACGUUACAGGACUUCUCGUCAGUCUAGUUGCUGCUGGAGUACUGUUAGUUAUAAUUGUACUGCUUGUCUUCUACUGCUGCAAAAGCAGAUGCAAAUCAAGGCAACCACCAGGGUACUUGGAUUAUGUAAGAAAUAGAAGACGCAAUUCAUCUAACAUCUUCAGAAGGCAUGAAGAGUUUUCUUUACACCCACUUCCCCUCAGAACUGACGAUUCAGGACUACCAACGUAUGAGCAAGCAGUUACUUCAAAUGGACAACAUGAUGUGCCACCACCCCCUUAUCCAGGGCCACCGAAAGGGCGGAUGUUUAGGAAGUCUAUGUCACUCCCUGCCCCUUAGUCACAAACCUCCUUCUGGGCGAAGGGGGAUUACUGACGCAUACCAUACUUUUUUAAAAAGUGUGUGCUACCUUGCAUAUUGCAAGACAGUUUACAAAAAUGGGAAACAUCUUUAGCACAACUAGGAACAAGUGAAAAUCCCAUUUGGGAAAAGAAAUGAUCGGUUGCAAAAGCUCCAGGAGUAUUCUUAGCACAAGAGUACAUCUCAUACUGCCACCCUCUUCCAUGUACACUUUGACCCAUCUCAUUGUACUAUUGAUGUUUCAUUAAUAGUUUAAUCUUGUUUUUCUUUAGAAGGAACAGUAUUAUAAUUGGUUUUAUUAACACUAACCAUUUUUGUGACUAUUAAUACUUUAAACCACUGCAAGAAGUCUACUUUGUUAUUUGAGAUAUUCACUUCAUUGCUACGUGAGUUUUCUAUUUGUUCUACUAAUAGAUUUGAAUAUGAAAAUGAUUUCCUUGUUUCAUCUUUUAAAUGUAUGAUGUUACUGCUUCUGGAUUACACUGGUGUUUUAGACAGUGUUGGUUAACAGACUACUAGAUCUGUUGUAUUUUUGUGAUUAUGAUUUUGGAUUAAAAGGAACUACUAAUUACACAGCACAUUACACAUUCAGACAAUGGAUACUUUUAUCAAAUGGUUUUGAUACUCACUUUGACCUGGUAUUUAGCACUGAACAAGUGCUCUGCGUUGGGGGAUGUUAAGCAGAUAGCUAGAGAUUUGUCCCUUGUAAAAGGUACCUAGGUUUCAUAGCUAGUGUUUCUCUUACAGCUUAAGAACUUACAUGUUGGAAAAGACACUUAGCUUGUGGAAUCAAAGGGCAAACUACCCCACAGAAGCACUUUGCAGAAGUAUGUAUUUACCCUACUGUGAUGACAAAAUGAGACUUUUAGUAGGAUGAAGCAUCAUAUUUGAUAAAUAAAUGGUAUCCACAAAGCAACAGUCAAGAAUUUCACAGUUACUAGUUAAUUGUAUCAACAGAAUAUCUGUAUCUUCAGUUGUAGCCACCCUUAACUGUACAACUUACUAAACUAUCAAUCUCAAGCAGAAUACAGCCUACAGGUCUUGCUGAGCAAGUCAGACCAAUACUGGCUGUCCCUUUACCUACUAGUCACAUGGCUCUAAUGGAAAAGGCUUCCCAUACCUGCAGGAAGCCAUAUGAGAGGGUCUUGGACAACAUGUUAGGCUGGUGUUCUCUUGUAUUACAGUAGGAAGAUAGUUGGACACGUGCAGUGAAGGUUUUUAAGAAGCAACAAAAUAUACACACACUGCCCCCUUAGACCGGUGCUGACAGGAGCAAGUGGUAUUUUAAUUUGGACCUAAAGUGCACUUUAUAUUACAAAGGCUGGAUAUUUAAUGUUUCACUGAAUGUUAUGUUUUUAACAUGCUAGAACCUACAGUGCUAUUGAGUGAGAUGCAAGGAAAGCCCUGAGAUUUGUAGUCUGUAAAUGCUUUUGGAAAGGAGAAAAUACUCCAAAAUCUUGGAAUAUAGAGUACUUUGAAAAUGCUACACAAGGAGGUCUUGCCCCUUGGAAAAGACAUACAACCUGGCUGACAUCAGUGGACACAGGCCUCUGUUCUUAUUCCUAAACCUCCAGCGUCAGAUUCGGCUUUUGGCUAGUCACAAACUUUGGAGCUUUCUUCUUGUUGAGAGAUGGGAGAACCCCCGUGUUGGCAUAGGUCCAAUUCACUUUUGCCCUGCUUGUAAAAGCAGUUUGAAGUUCUUGGAGGUUACUGUUCUAUAAGACUGAAAUUAAUUAUUUGUGUGGCAUCACUGUUACUAACCAACAGUCAUGAUGAAGCUAUAGAAUCAUAAGCUUGAAAAAACUUCUCCCACAUUUCCUUCUCAUUUAGCUAACAAUUUUUAAGAUUUGUUACUAUGUAUCUUGAGCUCUGGAUCACUCUCUUCUCUAGAUUUGUCCUCAAAAAUAACGAAUUUAAAUGGGACUGAUAUAAGCACUUUCCAGGAGAGGGAUUUCACAGGGCUAGUGAAAGUCUGGAGAUUCUUUCCUGUUACUACAGUGAUGUAGGCAUCUGGAAAAGUCAUGUUUUCAAAAAAACUACAGAAACUGUAUCGAAACCUAGUUAAUCACUUGAAAUUUUAUUCUUCUACUAUUCCUAUAAAUCAUUUGUAAAUGAUUCCACACAAUGCAAGGAAAAAUCUUGACUUUCAUAAUUAAUAAAAAAACCUUAAGAUGGUAUAAUUGUUAUCAGUAUUAUCAAUGCUGUAGCUCUGGGCAGUAAAGCACACAAACACUAUAAAUCUAUUCAAAGAAUCUUCAUGUUAGACCUUGAAGAUACUAAAAAUAUGCAGUGAUUGACAUUCAAAUACUGGUUGCAUGUAACAUAAUUUGCAAGACACAUUCUGCUCAUCAUAAAUAAGGAGCAAACUUUUAACAAUUAGUGAAACAUAAGGUAAACUUACCUCUUGCUGUGAAAGGAGAAAAUUCCCUUCAAUGGCAGUUGUUUGGGUCAAGUUUGGUUUUCUUCCUUCAGACAUUGACUCCUGGCCCAAGACACUCUUACCUUGUAUCUUGUCUCUUUUUAGAAUUUAUGAUUCCACAGGAUUAGCAGAGGAAAAAUGAACAAGAGGCAGACAAUGGUGAUGACUUGUGAAUUCAGAAGCAUUGCCACAUUUCCAAACGUUACGUUUUCCUUUGAAAAUGCAGGUGUUAAUAGAAUAUGGAAAGCAGCAAAUGUAAAGUGUCCUUAGGUGGGAGGAGAAGGAGGAGGAAGUAGUUUUUGAGGAGCAAAGCAGCAGCAAGUUUCAUCUGUUUUGUGUACAAAUGUAAAUCAUCAGUGUUUUGAUUUCCAGUCUGUCUUUCAAGAGCCAGUAGGAAAGUCAGUGGAUUUUAAGUGAAUUAACAGAGAUCUACUGUGGCAGUUGAAAACAGAAGUGUCCCAACAAAGCACUGGGAAAAAUUACAUAGCACUUACAUUGUUUCUCUCGGAACAGGUUUGAACAUGUCACACUGCGCACUGCUAGCCCUUC